CGGCCACAUCAGCAUUGAGAUUGGACAUUGCGAUAAGAGGAUGUGUGGUUUAAAAGGAGUGGCAGACUUUGAGUAAGACAUUCCUCGGUGCACAAUCAUCCAGCUCACACUCAGAACCACCAUGACCUUCGACGGCAACUGGAAAAUUGAUCGCAAUGAUAACUAUGAGAAAUUCAUGGAACAAAUGGGAAUUAACAUGGUGAAGAGAAAGCUGGCUGCUCACGACAAUCUCAAGAUAACCAUCCAACAGACUGGAGACAAGUUUCAUGUCAAGGAGAGCAGCAAUUUCCGCACUGUGGAAAUAGACUUCACCCUGGGGGUCACCUUUGAGUACAGCCUUGCAGAUGGGACAGAACUAUCAGGCUCAUGGACCAUGGAGGGAGACAUGUUGAAGGGGAUCUUCAGCAGAAAGGACAAUGGAAAGCAAUUGACAACAACCAGAAUCAUCCAAGGAGAUGAACUUAUACAGAGCUACAACUAUGAAGGUGUGGACGCAAAGAGGAUUUUCAAGAGGGGUUAGAACAAACUGAUCAACUCAACUUUAAAGUGAGAUGUUAUACUUCAGGAUUACAGACAGUAUUGUGUCUAAUUAUACCAACAUAACCUGUAAAAUGUGCACUAUUUUUAACGCCCAUUAAGCAUAUAAAAAGAUUAGAAUUUGCACAGGAUUUUGAUACUUGCACUAAUAAAGCCAUACUCAACUGCC